UUCGGGUUUUCCCGGAAUACUCCACGGACCGUGCGAUCGAUGUCCGACUUCCAUAAAUGGAAUGUUUCAGUAAGUACGGCGCCGAGAGAUAAUUUCUACGGUAUGGUUAUGGAUCUUCCGAUAUUGAAGGGGUCUUGACUCGGUCAAGAUAGAGGCCUCGAUUAGAUAAGUUUGGAGUCCCCUCCUGUUUUCAUGGGACAACUUAGUACACAUGUUCCAUGACAAAAAGAGGAAGCUGCCCUAAGAAUUCAUGGUGGAUUGCUCCUUCUCCACCAAUCUCACCAGCUGUUUCUGCACCUUUAAUCGGCCAUUGACAGUUCUACAAAAAUGUCUGGAUCCUACCAGUUAAUAAGUUGGAACAACAACCUCUGCCAUCCCCCGCGCUUCACAAAUAAGGUCCGAGGUGGGUUUUCCAUUGAAAUUGACCUCUGGACUUUGCAAAUUCGAGAGGAGAAAGGAAAGGAAGAGAUUUCCGUUCGUGAAGGAGGGAGGGAGUUAAUCCGAGACGAUCAGCGAAAAUGCCAUUCGGGAGCACUGAGAAAUGCAAAGCCUGCACGAAGACCGUCCAUUUCAUAGAGUUGGUUUCCGCCGAUGGAGUUCCCUAUCACAAGACCUGCUUCAGGUGCAGCCACUGCAAUGGCCUUCUUGCGAUGAGCAAUUAUUCUCAAGUGGAGGGAGCCUUGUACUGCAAGCCUCACUUUGAGCAGCUGUUCAAGGAAAGGGGUUUCGCUAACAAAUCCAACACAGCCGCAAAAUCUUCUGACAGGCCGAACGGGCUGGCUAGAGCCCCUAGCAAGCUUUCCCACCUGUUUUCCGGGACGCAAGACAAGUGUGCCUUCUGCCAUAAGACCGCGUACCCAUUGGAAAAGUUGACGGUGGAGGGAGAGUCGUACCACAAGUCGUGCUUUAGGUGCUCCCACGGAGGCUGCUUCCUGACUCCGUCGAACUACGCUGCUUUGGAUGGCAUUCUGUACUGCAAGCCCCACUUUGCGCAGCUCUUCAAGGAGAAGGGCAGCUACAACCACCUCAGCAAGACAGCCUCCAUGAAGAAGAACGCUGCUGCAGCAAUGGCCGCCGCUCCAGCUCUCGAACCCGAACUGGCGUCCGGUGAUGCGAAACCCGAACAAGAACUGAAGAUGGAGCAGAGUCCCCAGUGAAGAACACUCGGGGGGGGGGGCAAUUCUUUUGAUUCCCCUUUUUUUCUUUUUCCAGUCAUUCUCUAGCUCUGUUCCGUUUUUUAUUUCUCGAUUGACUUGAUAGUUCUAGCUUCCUAGGACUAUGUCUCAGUUUCGCAACGAAAUAACACCAUAUGCUCUUUGGCUCGA